CUGACUAAGUGCAUGCCGACCCCGGUCCGAUCCGUUGCCAUCAGGGUGCUCACACUUCCACGUCCAAUUCUUGCCUCACCACUCGCUCCUCUUCGCCUGCCCGCCUCUCUCAACGUCACCCCGCCGGAUUGCACACCUCUUGGACUCGGGUCAUUCGUCCCCAGGCUGGAAACCCACGGUCCGCCGUUCUUUUCCUCUUGAACUACCGCUCAUUGGCAGCACGUACAUCCAACCCACUCAGCGUUCUGACCCACGACAUGUCUUGAACCCGCACCACCAUUGGAAAGCCGACUCUUCAGGGACCACCAAGGGUCCUCUCUCUCCCUCUCCCUAGCAACCACCUACAGUUCGAUACCAGUCGAUAGCCUGGCUGCAGUCUGGACCGGAAAGUGGCACCUCCAACAACCUCCUCCUGAACAGACCCGUAGGACUCGCACCAUGGAUGACCUGGUGCUCAGUCUUCCACUAUAUGGGAAUGCCUAUGACCACGAGUCCUCAGCGCACGACGACACAUGUCUGAUUGGUGCAGGGUGUCAAGGCCUUGGUCUUUCCCGCGAGAAUGACCCCGACUUUGGGGCGGCAUUCAGCGCUGUCCCUUACCCGACCCUGACUGAUCUCGGCAGCCAUGAUGCCGCCGUGCCUUCUCCGCAGUCUCCUAACGCUGGUGACACCUUUCCUGAGGCUAUCACUGGGAAAGUGCAAUCAAGAAUACAAUCACCUGGCCAUGACAACCCGGAUCCGAUGGCCAAUGAGGUGGUGUCCAUGGUCUCACACCACACGGCCCCUGGCCAGCCACCUCCAGAUGACGAGCUCAUCGAAGAAUAUCCUCCGUCUGAGGCAGGAAGUAACGCCUCUUGUGAUAGCCAAUGCUCAGGGAGCAAAGGUCCAUGUAGUGCAGGUACAUGUGAUCUCGUCACAGCCUGCAGAGACGAGAACUGCACAAAACCUGUAGUCGAGCCUGAGGUCGCCCAUAGCGCCUUCAUCUUGCAGGGUAUCAUGACGAGUGCGAAGGAAGCCAGUGCAAAUAUCGUGGCUUUCCAUGAUCAACCAAACCUGUACGACCCGGACAUGUCUGGGCACAACUAUGCCUUCAAUUUCCCCCAGGAGGCAGGCCCUGGCUGUCCCGACCCAGGGUCACACGCUACCUUCGCACACCUGUACCAGACGCAGGCACAAUCCCAUGACCCCCAGCAGCAACUCGACCAACAAGAAGACCUGAUGGCAAUUGAUUUUGAUAUUUUUGCGUUAGGGCCAAAUCCCCAUUGCCAUGCGCCUGCUCUUCCGGGAGCCUCAGGCCAGAAUGGCAUGGUCAAUUUCCAAGGUCAUGCUAAUAGCAGCAGCAAUUUUCCAGGUGAAUGCGGUGUGCCCUUCCAAAACCCCUUACAGGCUUCGCAGCAUAUUCAGCAGCAUACUCAGCACGGCCAUAUAGUCCAUCUCAUGGACCAGGGCUUGCAUUAUCCGCAGAACAUGCAACUGCAGCACUCAAACCAACCUGUCCUGGACUUUUCAGGCAUGGAAACUGCAGCCACAUUCGGCACAUCGAACAACAGUUUUGCACAACAGCCAGUGCCAAGCGUACAUCAAGGAGGUCUAUUUGCGUUCGGUCACGAGCAUUUGCCAUCACCAAAGAAUCAAAACCUAGGCCGUCUUGCAUCUCCAGGCGGAGCCAAUUUCCCCCCGUCCGCGUCGGACGCCGGUCAGGAUGUGCCAAAUUCCCCAGCCGAGUCCUGCGCAUCUGGCGACGGCCAGAUGCAGGAUUCCGGAUCAUCAGUCUGUCUGUGGGGCCAAGGCGCUUCCAAGUGCGGGAUGGUUUUCGAGAAUCCGGAAGAGCUUGAGAUGCAUGUGCAGACAGAGCACGUGGAGAACAUGGCAAAGGCCGAUGGCGGGUACGUUUGUGCCUGGGCUGAUUGUGGGCGCCGGCACAAGCCUUUUGCACAGAAGAGCAAGGUCAAACGCCAUAUGUUGACUCAUACCCAAUACAAACCCUUCAAGUGUGACCAUUGCGCACAAUCCUUUUCUGCCAAACAAGCACUGUCGCAGCAUGUCCUGAUCCACAAAAACGCCAAGCCGCUGAAAUGCAAUACUUGCGGGAAGGCGUUCAGGCAGCAAAGCGCUCUAACCAUGCACAUACGCACGCACACCCACAUGAAACCGCUCAAAUGCGAAAUCUGCGGCGCCUUAUUUGGCGAGUCCUCAAACCUCUCCAAACAUAGGAGGACGCAUGAUGCCGUUGGUCGGCACGCCUGCCCCGAGCCUAUGUGUGAUAAAAGAUUCAAUAGACUGGAUCAGUGCCGCCGCCACUUGGAAACAGUCCACAAGCGUCGUCCCGAGGAAGUGAAAAAACUUGUUGGACCCAUAACGUUCCGUCGCAGCUCCAGCGCCCGGUGCAGUCGAUCGAGCAGUAGUAGUGUGGCUGGCAGCAACAAGGCCUCACUUGUCCCGUCGAAAAAGGCUUCGAAAUCUGUUCACGCUACUCCUGUGGACUUUAUUCCUCGGGGAGCUACUACCAACCAUGUCUCCGGUGCUGAGAAACCAGACAACAUGGCUGCCCCGAUGAGCUCACCCUCAAUUCUGCAAUACGGGCAGAUAUCUGCGGGAAAUGCUUCUUUGCUAUACAACCCCCAGGACGGUACAGGAUAUGAUACCAUGCCCCUGCAGCAACAAUCCUUCGCAGCCGACGGUGCGAUUCUGAAUGGAACGACGUACAAUUUCAACCAACCACUCCAGAACUAUGCCGAGUCGGCAUGGUAGAGUCUUAAGCACUGCCUUUUUUUCUCAAUUUCCCUUCGUUUCCCUUUAAUGCUCUCUUGCGCUUUAACGUUCCCUUGACCCAUAAUUUGCUUACCCUAUCCUUUCCUACGUGUGUCAAUGGGAUUUUGGAAGGGUCAGAUUCGUGACUCGACACAGGGGAAGAAAUGAACGCAGAAGAAGAAGGAGUCAUUGGCAUGAUGAGAUGAUGAUACCCACAAUACCAGGAAUAUGCACAGCGAUAGGCGUUCAACAGGACAGACAGCCUCUUGUCCCAUUGAGAGAGAGGCAGAGUUGGGGGACGGGGUGCAUGGACAUGGCGAAUACGGUGACCUUAAAUAGUCUGCUUCAUAAAGCCAACUAAUCAUUAUGACUGGCUCA